UGGCAGGGGUGCCUUUUUUGGGGUGCUCUAACCCAAAGCAGUCCUGUCUGAAAGGAGCAGACGGACCUGCACUGAGGAGUUAUAAGCAUAACUGAAAUCAGGGACAGAUGCUGUUAGAUUUCCACCGGGACUGCCAAAGCGGAAAGAGAUCGAAUUUCCAGAACACAUCUGGAUAGACAAAAAACAUCGACUAGCAUCUGAGGCUCCAUGUGAAUAUUCAUUGUGCAGCGCGUUAGCAUCAAAGAGGAGCCUUUUCCAAGGCUGAUGGAAGAAAGACUUGGGAAUGAUUUAGCAGUCCAAGCUCAGCAGAAGCCGGAGAUGUGAAGAAAAGACGAUUUGUAAGCUUAUUAGCUCAUUCACAAGGAGGGAGCAGAACCUGAACGCCUACACACAGCCUGAUCAGAGCACACUCGGACUAUAACGGGGCAGAAGAGGGAUUUUAGGAGCAUUAAGUGGACAUCAGCAAGAGGACAUUGAAAGGCCUGGCAGAGAGGCAGGAUGCCAAAAUCGACAGGCAGCAACAUCAUGGGCAUUGUCCCUUAAUUAAGCGACAAAACAAGCAAGUCACAUGAUAAGACCCAACAUUAAGGGGUAUCUUUUUAUAAUUGAUAUAAAAUGUCAGAGGAAACAUACAAACUCCAGGUUUAAUGCUAUGUAGCUUCAAUAAUACAAUGUGGUCAGUUGAUGGGCAGAAAUUGUCUUGUCUUUUUUGUAAUCCAGUCACUCAACAAUUGCCUCCAAGCUCCUUGAAGAUGAUUCCUUCAUAAGCCUGUUUGAGAUGGCCAGCUCUUUUCUGCAAAUCCCUUGAACAUUUCCUUUGUGUCAUUAGGGAUUUUGUGGUUUUGAUUGUUUUGUUGUCUUUCUUCUCUUUUUUUUCCAUUAUGUACAGUGGACUCUGAGUCUGGCAGCCUUUUUUUUUUCUUUGAACUGUCCACGUGUCUCAGAAAGUCCAUAAUACCCCAACGUCUGGCAAACAGCCUGAGUGUGAAGCAAUUCCAGACAGAGUACAGUUCAGUGCAUGCUGUGUCAUCCCUAAGACACACACUCCAGUCAUGCAUGGUGACGGCCAAUACACUGCUGUGACCUGUGUAUAACUGCCACUCAGGUGGCUGUCAGAACUCGGCUAGCAGGAAAGAACAACCAUGAACCUGAGAACUACACAUGUCCAUAUCAGAAGACCCUUUGCCUCUGAAGACAGAGAAGAAAUAAUGAGGGAAGGAAAAGUCCAGGAUGACUCUACAGUCUAAUUGUAUAGGAAAAGUCCAUUCAUUUUCUCCAGAGACUGCUGGAAUUUACCACAACACAGUGGCUUGCUAGUGUAGGAGCAAGCAGGCUUACCCUAUAAGCACCGCACACACACACAUACACAUACAAUUGUACACAUAGCAGGCGUGGGUGACAGCCUUCACUUAUGUAAAGCUGAAAUGUCAAAUCCACAGAAGCUUGUUUCAUCAGUGUGUCGCUGCAGGGGGAAUCAGACAAUGCAGACACCCACUGAGUAGCGUUUGUGACUAUUUGAACAGGUGUGUGUUUGGAGCCAAGCGAUGAGAGGACGAGAGUGAGGCAGAUCUGAGUUGAGUAGGCGAGAGUGAGAGAGACUGAGUUAGGUAAGUGUAUGACCCACAGACAUACGAGAGAGCUCUGUUUCUGUCUGUCAAGCUGUUUGUGUGUGUGUGUGUCAGCUGGCUCGCUGACGGACACUGAGGGCAGGCUGGGCACGGUGGCAGGAGCCAGUGCAUGGCUGUGGGGGGGUCGCACGGCGUGCACUCCUCAGCAGAGAGAGAGCCGCUGGGGGUCAGGCUUUGGGUGGGCUCGGACACAGAGGCCCUGGGGGCCCAGCGGGGGAACAGCUGAACGGUGUUCUCGGACAGCAUCAGGGGGCAUGCGCUGCUCUCUGCGUUUGUGGGUGCUGCUGGCAUCAUUGGCCCUCCUGUUCCUCACCUCCCUGCUCUUUUCACUCUCACUGAGGGGAGGCCCUGGCUUUUCCUACCUGGAGUCUCCUGGGUGGGAAGAAUCAAGGCAGGUGAAGCUAGUACCUAACUAUGCCGGCUCCCACAAGCUGGUUUCUGCUGAGGGCAACCAACAGAAGACAUGUGCCUGUAACCGCUGCGUGGGCGACCCAGGCGUCUCAGAUUGGUUUGACGAGAACUAUGAUCCAGACAUCUCGCCAGUGUGGACGCGGGACAACAUCCAGCUGCCUUCAGAUGUCUACUACUGGUGGGUGAUGUUGCAGCCUCAGUUUAAGCCGCACAGUAUUCAACAAGUGUUGUUGAGGCUCUUCCAGGUGAUCCCUGGACACUCACUGUAUGGCUCGUGGGACCCCGCACGCUGCCUGCGCUGUGCUGUGGUGGGCAAUUCGGGCAACCUGCGUGGGUCAAGCUAUGGCUCGGUGAUCGACAGCCACACCUACAUCAUGAGAAUAAACCUGGCACCCACUGUGGGCUAUGAAGAGGACGUAGGCAGCCACACCACCCACCAUUUCAUGUACCCAGAAAGUGCCAAGAACCUGGCUGCCAACGUCAGCUUCGUUCUGGUGCCCUUCAAGACUCUGGACCUGCUGUGGAUCACCAGCGCCCUCUCUACUGGCCAAAUCCGCUUUACCUAUGCUCCUGUAAAGCAGUUUCUGCGUGUGGACAAAGACAAGGUUCAGAUCUUCAAUCCAGCAUUUUUUAAGUACAUCCAUGACCGCUGGACACGGCACCACGGCCGCUACCCCUCCACAGGCAUGCUGGUCCUCUUCUUUGCCCUGCAUGUGUGUGAUGAGGUGAAUGUAUUCGGGUUUGGGGCAGACAGCCGGGGGAACUGGCACCACUACUGGGAGCAGAACCGCUACUCUGGAGAGUUCCGUAAAACAGGUGUCCAUGACGCAGAUUACGAAGCCCAGAUCAUAGAGCGCCUGGCCAAAGCUGGCAAGAUCACCGUCUUUCCUGGGAAGUGACAAUCUAUAUAGUAGGUAUGAAGGGAAGGAGCCACUGAUCACCCAACCAUCCAAGCCCUGCUCCUGCUCUCUUUCCUUUAUGCUCAUAUACUGUGUCUGCUCGUGGUGUCGGAGCAGAAACUAUCCUGACAGGUGAACCCCUUUUGUUGGUGGUUAUUUCCACCUACCUCAACCUGGAAGAGGAACUGAAUGAAUGAGGAACAUUUGAUAUUGAUGUUCUUCUUUCCAGUACAGGUGUUUUUAUAGUACUGCACAAACAUCACAAAAGAAAGUAUCUAACUGACCUUGAUGGCUGUCAAUCAGCCCACUAAUUCCCGCCUCUUGCGUGUGCUCAGCCAAUGAUCAACAUAAUAUAAAUUCAGUGACUAUGGUUUACGAGAUAAUAACUGGCUUGAGCAGAUCCAGACUGUGCGUUAAAUCAUGCCACCCUGCAUGAUCACUGCAAGUGCCAGUUUACAUGCUCUUAAAGAAAAAUGGAGCAUUUUUAUGUUGGAUUAUAUCUUUUAUGGUUCAAUUUUAUCAUGUUGACUCUACAUCACUGUGCUCUCACAGCCAUUUGAACAGAUGUUAAUCACUGUCAUCACGUGUUUAAUUAUUUUAAUGAGUAAUUACCACAAACAGCUGAUUGUAAAGUGAAACGCUCAGCGCCUUCAGAUUGUUUGUUAAACAGAAACCACUUAUUUACUCCAAUGUACCAAUCAGUGUUUAGACGUAUAUUUGUAAAGCACAUUUUAAGCAGUGUUACUUGUUUUUGUCUUGUCUGCAGAGGUAGAGCCGAUAUGUAUAAUGACAAAGAUAAUGAAGUGUUAUUUGUGCACCAGGAACAAAAAUGUAUUUUCUAUGACAUUGACGUUAUUGCUAGAUGGUUUGGAGACUGACAUCAUGAGUGUGUGCCACAUGACUCGAGGUUAAACUCAGCCUUUAUGUCAUACUGUUAUUUAGGAUUAAACCAUCUUUCAGUGCAAUUAGAUGUUUAUAACAUAGGAAAAAUGUUAGUGCAAAUAGUUAUGUCAAUUGAAUUAAGUCUUUUUUUUUCAGUCAGUCUUUUUUUACUUUUCACCAUUUGUUGUGCGUAGAGCAGUUCUCUGUGGAAAAUAGUUUCAGGGUGCUCCAUACUUCCUGCUUUGGCUUAGUCCAUGGUUUCAUAUUCAGGUACACUAAACCCAUUUUUUAAAACGUAGACCUAAACAGAUGCUUGUGUGCCUUGUCCUUGCUGUGGAGACGUUCUCCUUGCAGUGCGGAAAAAAAAAAUGUAGUCACAGACUGAGCAAAUCUUACUGUGCAUUUUAGCCCACCUGCUCAUCACAAACACCUGUGCUUUUUUUUUUUUAAUGCACAAUCACAUUUUUUGAGGCAUUGGCUUUGUGAUAACACUUCCAACAAGCCUCCUCCACUCCCUUCUCUCGACUCUGUCCACUUCUGAGCACUGUGCCUUCAGGACCAGGCUGAACUUUCACAUCCACAAUCCAUCUUUGUUUUCUUCCCAUCUGCUCCUAACCCCCAAUAAUUCCUCAAACACACACCAUCUGAGAAGGAAACCAUCAUCGUAGCUGACUUUUCCGAGACGAUACAAUGCAUUAACGUAAGUAUGGUUAGAACAUCUCAAAGUUGAGGCAGCAGUGCUAAUGCAGGGAUCGCAACUGAUUUUAUGAAUACGCAGAUGUUUACUCUCCUCCCCCAGGUCGAAAUAUUCCUUUAAAAACAACGUGCAGGUCAUCACCAGAGUCCCAUAAGCAAAUCUUAAAAAAAAAAAAACUAUUUUUAAAUGAAAAUAAAUCAGGCCUCAAAGAACAAAAGCUCAUCCAAAUCCAGAACAAACACUAAAAACCCAACGCUUGAGAGAUUAUGAGGACUUUGUAUAGUACAGUUUGUGGUCUUUAUUAUUCCCAGCAAUCCAUAAAGAUGACAUUUACAUUUCUGGUGGUCUGACAGAAACAAAUCAUCCCUCUCAAUUAUAGUGCACUUUCAAUUCAACAAACAUUAUUCACUUUGACUUAUUUGGAGUGUUAACCCUCAUCUGUGGUACUGUUCGUGUUUUGAAACACCGCUCUCAUUUUCAUGUUCAUGACCUGUAUAUCUGUGCCUGGCUCCUUCAGUGAGGAGUUUCCCAUCUUUUCACUGUUGGGGUUACAGUGUUAGACGCAGCUAGUUUGAAAGCCUGAGGUUUUGUAUUACGGAUCAUUGUGAUUUUGGGAGCGAAAGCCUCACUGUCCUAACGUUUAUACUGACCUGACUCAAUCAUUGACGUGUUUGACCUGAAGCCUUUCAAACAAACCACUGACAACACACACUGUACUUAUCCUCCUGGUAUUUUAUUGUGCUUCUUAAUAGAAUGCCAACUUGUUAAUGGUGUAGUGACAGUCAGUCAUCGGGUCAGUGCUCUCCCUUUCCUCCAUGUGUAUGCGUAAUUAUGGACUGUUUCUAUCUCUUAUGCUAUCGUAACAAAUAAAAUGCAUUUAAUAAACA